UCACCUUAUAUGGUGAAACUAUUCUUUUUCUAGCUUGGCAUUGUUUAUAACCCGGUUGAAAAUAUUUAGACUCUGACUGGGGUUCUACAAUUAUCUCGUAACCUACGGGGCGUACAAUUACUGCCAGUUAAUGCGCAAUUAUCUGCAGCCCGUAAAAUCAAGGGUUUGCUGGCGAGGAGGCGACAUUCGCAGCCCUUGUUGUUUUCUAUAAUAACAGCAAAAGCAAACCUGUUAAAUUCCAGUGUAGAAUGAAUAUAUUUUCCCCCGGUCAAUUCUAUUUGGCAGAUAUCGCUAAACUGGGGAUGGCGCUUUUUCUUUCUUUCUUUCUCUCCUUUUUUUUCCCCCGCAAUGGAAAAUUUAUUUAAAAAAGGAGAAAUGUUUGGAGUUUGCAAGGAGCUGAAAUUAAAUAAAGGGGCCAGGAGGCGGCUGCAGGUCCGUGCUGCUCUGAUGGGGAUUUAAUGGCCGAGGGCUCAUUGACGGGAGCACAGACGCGAUUCCCGCGGCCACCACGGGGUCACUUGUAAAAUCCCCCCAGAUCCAAGCGGCUUUUGGACGGAGAAAAUCGAGCAGCGCAAGGUAAGGGCCUGGCAGCGGGUUUUAUUUAAUGCUUGGAGGGUUCCAACCGCAGAUGAUCCAUGCGGCUGAGAUGACGGUCCCACCACGAGCCAGGAUGUUCUUUUUUUUCCAAGUUGUUAAUGAUUUGGGGUGGUUUUGAUGGAGCUGUCGCGUCCGUGUGCUGGGGGGGGUGGAUUCGGGCUCCGGUCGAGUAGUGCAACCCUGUUCUCCAACACAGAAUCAUGGUGGGGACAUUGGACUUUAUCAUGGUGGGGACAUCAAACAUUAUUGUGGUGGGGACACUGAACCUCAUUGUGGUGGGGACACCGAACCCCCAGGGCUCUGCGAGGUGGGGUGGUGACAGCACCGGGGGAUCUCUGUCCCCAAGGAGGGUGCUCCGGUGUCACAAAGAGGUGGCACAAGCUGACGUGACAUGGGUUUGUCUGUCCUUUACUUACUGUAAUAUCGGUCCCUGGUGCGAGGAAACCCAGGAAUGGAAGUUGAUUCCAGCGGCCCGGCCAGCCCGUGUGCUGCUGGGGACAGGUUGGGUGGGGACACCGAGUUGUCCCCAUUGCCACCACCAGCCCCUCGCCACUCGCUGGCCACGGCCCAUUUCCCCUUUGCAGUACAGCCCUGGGUUGCACCGUGUCUCCGUGCCUCAGUUUCCCUGUUGCAAACCCAGUCUGGGAGGGUGGAGGGGACAAGCUGGAGCCGAGGGGACGCUGGUGUCCCCGCAGGAGCUGAUCAGCCCCAGCCGUGCGGGUGGGAGGGGGUGAGGGUCACAGGCGAAGGCCGUGUAAUAAGGAUAUUUGUUUUGCCUGUUUUGCAGAGUUUCAAUGUUCUGACUUGCUCUAAGAUGAAGGUAUGGAAGUUUGCAGCCAUUGCAUCGAUGCUCCUCAGUUCCAUGUUAUCCAUUUUAGUUUGUAGAGACAUGCUCAACGGAAGCCGGACAAACAGCCCCUUGCCUUCCUCGCCGUCUUCCUCACGGGCAUCCUCCUCAUCCUCCUCCUCCUCCUCCUCGCUGCCGGUGGCUCCGCGGAGAUCCCCCCGGGCCCUGCGCCGCCACAGCUCGCUGCUGGCCCAGUACAGCAGCUUGCUGGAGAGCUACACGGAGGGGGAGAUCCGGCAGCUGAUCGCGGCGCUGGUGGAGCGCUACAGCCAGGCCAUGAACUCGGGGGGCCACGAGCUGCCGCUGUUCCCCCGCGCCGGCAGCCGCAGGAAACGCGCCCGCGCGCGCCACAAACCCUGCGCCCUGCAGGAGCUGGAGGUGAGCGUCAGCGAGCUGGGCCUGGGCUACGAGUCGGACGAGACGGUGCUUUUCCGCUACUGCAGCGGCACCUGCGAGGCCGCCGUCCGCAGCUACGACCUGUCGCUGAAGAGCAUGAGGAGCAGGAGGAGGAUCAAGAAGGAGAAGGUCCGGGCUCGGCCGUGCUGCCGGCCGCUGGCUUACGAUGACGACGUCUCCUUCUUGGACGCCUACAACCGCUACUACACGGUCAACGAGCUCUCGGCCAAGGAGUGUGGCUGCGUGUGAAGGGCCGCGGCCCCCGGGAGGAGACGCGAUGUCCCGGCCCCAAAACCCACUGGCACCGAGCAGAGGGACCGGGGGCUGCGGCAGGGGGAGAGGGACGGGGCCCAGACCUCUGGACGGAGGAGGAGAGACUGAGCUGCUCAUGCGUGCCAUGGUGUGACCGUCCUGUGCUGUUACAUCCCACGGCAUGACCGUCCUCUGGUGUUACCGUCCCAUAACAUGACCGCCCCAUGGCGUGACCAUCCUGUGGCAUUGCCGUCCUGUGGCGUGACUGCCCUGUGGCAUUAACAUCCUGUGGUGUGACCAUCCUGUGGCAUGACCAUCUCAUGGCGUUACCAUCCCAUGGUGUGACAUCCUGUGCCAUUAACAUCCCAUGGCGUUACUGUCCCAUAGUGUUGCCAUCCCAUGGUGUUACCAUCCUGUGGCGUUACCGUCCCACGGUGUUACCUUUGGUGUUACUGUCCCAUGGCAUUACCGUCCUGUGGUGUCACCGUCCCGCUUGCUCAGCCCAUGCUGGCUGCACAGGACUAGAGAUGCGGCUAUCGGUUCUUGGAGAGGUGACGGCAGCUUGUGGCUGUUGUCCCUGCCAGGGGUGGCCAGGCGGUCCCUGUCAGUCCCCCCGGAGGGUGACAGUGGGUGUGCAAGGGGCACAGGGCCCGUUGUACACUCAGGGUGUGUGGCAUGGACGGGGUACAGCACAUCAGACGUACAGUUGUGUUACCGGCAAAACGGGUUGCAAAGCGGGUGUCCCCUGCGCAGGCUGUGCCACGGGCGGCAGAGGUGACAGGUGACAGGUGCGGUGUGCACUGCAAGCCCCACGCAUUGUGUGUUGGGGUCCGACACAUGCCAGGGCAUUGCACAAGGGCUGUGUUUGUGCACGGACGGCGUUGUGCGGGUGUUGCUGCGUAUGGUGUGGUGCUGGUGCUGUUUGGUACUGGGCAGGGCGUGCUGCACACACGGUGGGUGUUACAGGCUGUGUUUUGCGUGCAGUGUGCGUUACAGGGUGUUCUGCACGCGUGGUGUGCGUCAUGGGUUGUGCUGCACACACGGUGUGCGUUGCAGGGUGUGCUUCAGGCAUGGUGUGUGUUACGGGGUGUUCUGCACACACGGUGUGCAUUAUGGGGUGUGCUUCAGGCACGCUGUGCGUUACAGGGUGUUCUGCACACACAGCGUGCGUUACGGGGUGUGUUACAACACGGGGUGUGUUGCACGGCUGCGGGGGCUCAGCCCUGUGCUCUGGCGCUGCCCCAUGCGGGGGUUUCCCAGGGUCCCAUCACCGUGCUGGUGUCCCUGCGCUGCCAAGGGGCAGCUCAGCUCCGCAUCCCCAUGUUUGGGAGCAGAGAUGCACCGACAGCAGUUUGCACUUGGGGGAAAAGCUCUGGCUCUGCUCCCUGUGCUGGCUCGUGUCCCCGUUGCCAUCGCCUCACUCCCCGCAGCCCCGGGCUUUUCUUCUUAAAACUCAUGAUAAUCUGAAGUAACUGGAUUAACCUCCUGUGCCCCCGUGGGCAGCUGGGCUGGACAGCGGCCACAGCCGGGGAGGUGACGGCUCCCCAGGCCACCAGCGCGGCCAGGGCUGAUGGGUUGGUGGCGCGGGCAGGAGCGUCCGCGUUUGGCACCUCCUGAGAGCCGCGGUGGCUCCCUGGGCACGCACGUGGGCUGUGCCCAUUGCCCUGUGGGGCUCGAGUCCUGCGGGAGAGGGGGCUCAGCCUGGGCUUUGGCUCCGGUUCACAUUUAUAGCAGUGUCACUCUUGUUUACUCUGCGGAGAAAUAAAUGAGACCGCAGACUUUUGCAUUCUCUGGGCAGGCUAUAUUUGUUGCCUGGGAUUGAUGGGUUUUCUCCCCUUGGCCCUCUUCCCAGAAAAAGAAAAUCAUAAACAGAAGGAGAAUAUUGGUGUCAUGUCCUGGGCAUUAACCAACACGAGGGAAAAAUGCUCCGUUUGCCACCCCCAGAUCACAGCGAUGUCCCAGCUCCUCGGUCCAGCUACACAGGGAAAAGAACCCCAAACACCCCCAUCCCCAGGUGGCAGUAAUGGCGAGUUUUGUUCAUACAGGAGACGCAGCAGCCGGGGAUGCUGCUGCAAGAUUUUGGGGAGCAGGUUACACCCCCGGGACGCGACAGCUCAGGUUGGGGUGGGACCCAACUCUUCCCGACCUCCACAAAGGGCCACGCUGGUGGUGUGUUUGGUUUUUUGUUGCUUGCUUUUCAUCCAAAUGUCGCUCUUGGCUGAGCGGAGCCAGGAUGGAGCGAAGCAAUAUAAACACCAUCCUUCAGAGGGGCUGGCGGCGCUCGGCGGCCCCGGGACAGCAGCCUGCACUCUGUAACACCGAGUUUUUCCCCUCGCCGUCGGGAAAGAUUGAAGACGGGCGUGGGGUGCGAAGCGCAUGCAUGGGGCAUCGCGCACGGACCAGCCGGUGCCCCGGCACCCGGGGUGCAGCCACUGCUGAGCCCAGAAAAAUCCAGCCAUGCUGCAGGUGUACAGAGCUCCCAAAACAGCCUUGCAGCAACACUGGGGAGAGUUUGCACCACUGGGUUUGGAAAUUGAAGAAAUGCCCUAAAAUAAGGAGCCGGGGGAUGUGCAGCGGGAGCGGGAUGGGGAGAACGGAUGAGUAGCUGUUGGUGUGAUCCGCGCCGUGCUCACGGCACAUAAGCAGCUCCCUCUUGACUUUAAAAAAUAAAACAAGGCACCCAAAUCUAAUAAUAAUAAUAGCUGUACUCUCAAGAGCUUGGGUGCUUUCCAGUUCUCACUACUAUAAAACUAAAAUUAGUUUUGUUUCAAGCCUCCAGUAAUAAAAAACAACAAACCAAAAAGGAAGCAGAGCGGCAGAGCCGGUGAGGAGGUGCAGAAGCAGCGCAGGACCCGCCGCGCUGGGGCUUGUAGCCGCUUUCCCGGAGUUUCCUCCACUUGUGUCACCCUGAGCCCAAGGAGCUGCCAGGAGACAUCAAUGUUGCAUUUCCCCAAGUGGCUGUUUGCAGCCUGUGGGGUUUUUUUUGCAAUCUGAAGGGAUUUAGGGUGCUGUGAUUUGCAGGAGGAAGGUGCUCGGUCACCCCAGAUCUGCAGCUGCAAAACACCCGCGGUGCAACCCCCAAAGAACAGGCUGCGGAAAAACCCCAGUGCAACGUGUGUGUUGCAAACCAACAUGAAUAGCUCCAAUUAAUCUUGUAUUUCUCUUUGUUUUCGCUUUCCCUGCUGGCAGCUG